AUGGUCCAACCUCGAAUCAUCCACCCAAAUAUCCAAGUCAAUGAUAUAACAAGACAAUUUCGCACUGCUGCGUCGACGCUUCGACCCGGCAAAGUCGUCAAAGAUGAGCACUUUACCCUCUUUGAGGCCGUCAGCGCCUUGGAGAUUGGAGAUCCGAAAAUGGACAGUGGUUCAGUCGCGUUUGACCCAGACACCGAGGUUGAAUUCGACUUCACUGCCACGAUCUCUCCUGAAGAGAUUAUCUGGUUGAUGGAUGAGCUCCUAUGUAGAGAGGUCGCGUGGCAAAUGGGUUAUCCUCUAUCCCAGACUCUUUUCACAUCUGUCCAUCUUGAACGCCUGCUGUGGCCAGAGCCAAAGCGGCUUCCCAACACGAGAUUUGAUCGCAAUGCUUCCGCCAUCGUCCAUAAGCCAUCACUUCUUGAGGACGUUUUCCGGCCUUUCUGCUUGGGUCUGGUGAAGUGCUGUGAUCUCGUCCUUGCGAUGAUCACAAGUCAGCAUUAUUACGAGGAGGAAGACUUUGCAACUCAGAUAUUCAACAGACCACUCUUGCAUGUGUUCCCUGUUGACGACAUAUUGGCCGAGCUGCGAAGCGCUCAAGUCUGGUUAAAACAGAGCGAUCUUCCUACAAACCUGAAGGAGGCUCUGAUGAUCAGAGUAGAUGUCAGAUACGAUUCUUUAAAGCUGCUCCAGCGCUGUGCGAUCGGUGAAAGACCCAAGCCGAAGCAUUUGGACGAAUGUAUUGCACUGUUAGAGCGCAUUGAGGCUACGAGUAGCAUCGGUCGUCCGGUCACCUCUGAGGCUUUCACUUUGAAAAUCCAGCGCCGACUCGCAAGCAGCGUCCCCCCAAGACCCAUGGUUGUUAUUGAGCGGGACAAGGCUUUUCCUUUUUUCCGUCAGCUCUUCAUUGAUACCGUCACAGCCUUCCAAGUCGUGGAUGUUUCUUUCAGUGGAGACCUGUUAGUCGCAUAUCAGCACUUCAUGGCUCAGGCAACACAGCCGGCUGUCUAUGUUCGAGCCCUUUUACAAUCCUUCUUGUUUAUCAACAAUGGUGUGUUAGGGCAAUUCAGCAUUAAGGACUUCGUUUACCAGGACAUGCGCAUGGUUGUCCUUCCAACAGGACCUCUACCUCAUGACAACAAAACUGGCGAAAUAUUUACGGAUCAACAAUUCCAGGUCUCCUCGCAACUUGACAUGUUUGUGGACCGGUACGGCGAGUCAUUUAUAAACCUUUUUCGAACGUUUUGUCUCAAUCGAUGUCGAGUGCGACGUACGAUGUGCCACGCCGCGAUGGACUGGGACCAAAUCCAGGCCGAAGCCGAAGACUUGGAUGGUCUCAUACAGUCCGCUUUCAAUGAAAGGGCUAUCCCGUACCCAGAUGGAGAAGACGUAACAUUCUCCUACAGCGUCAGCAGUUGGGUAUACCACUACAAGCUGAUGCAGCUUCGGACCAUUGUGGAAAUGGGAUUUGAACUCUCCAUCUAUGCACCACACGAAUUCUGCGACAUGUAUUGGUACCUCACCUUUCUUUGCAGUACCCAUCUUUCGCAUCUGGAGAGGAUCAGCCAUUUUGUCUCGUCACGGCCCGCUUUGCCAGGCUCGCAGCAGGAGGCCGUGCAGAAGACUUUGCAUUGUCUAUAUCGGCAAUAUACAGGGCUGAAGGCUACCGAAGCAUUGGCCAAAGCAUUGCAUCGAGUCUUUGUCAUUCUUCAACGACACAAACUGUUAUCAAAAUCCAAACCAACAUACGCAUCGGACAAUCUGAGGUACGAGCUACGGAUGCGCCCGUUUCUGCACUUGUCACUUCCAGAGCCCAUCAGUCUCGAGGCUGCUCAACGUGUGUCCUCCUUAGAAGGUCUCUCCGAUCAGAUGGUACUCGAUCAAGCUUUGCAGCUUAAUCAGAUGGCACGGAAGGCAUGGGAAGAAGUCCUUCGCGAGCCAUGGAAUACUCAGCCUCUGUCACAGGACGUUCCGCAAGGUCGGGUUCGAAAAAUGGACCACCUUUCGUCCGAUUCUGUGGUCGCGCGGGAGCGGACCAAAGAUGUACGCAACAUGAUGAAGUCUUGCAUAGGCACGGGGAUAGCAAUUAGCACACUAAGCAAGGCUCUGGAGAAGAAAGAGAUAACGGGGAUAAAGGUUGAGAUACCACCCGUAGGGGACCGUGAUCGGUGGCACAUAUCGUGGCCGGUCCCGAAGAUCAGAAGUUGA